AUUGUCACCAGUAUACGAACAGGAGCUGUGAGGAGUGUCUGAAAAAUGUCACCUGCCUGUGGUGUGCCAGCAGCGGGAAGUGCCUGGAGUACCCCGUCCGAAGAGUCCUCCCCCCGGCCGACCUCUGCGAGCUCCGCUCCGCGCGCUGGGGCGUCUGCUGGGUGAACUUUGAAGCCCUGAUCAUUGCGAUGUCUGUGGUGGGAGGAACGAUCCUUAUCAUGUUGGGGGUCUGCUGCUGCUGCUGCUGUUGUAAGAAAAAGAGCAAAAAGCCAGACAAGGAUGACGAGAGAGCGGCCCGGGAGCGGGAGAAGAGGCGAGUGCGGCAGGAGGAGAGGAGAGCAGAGAUGAAAUCACGGCACGAUGAAAUCCGAAGGAAAUACGGCCUGUUCAAGGAAGAGAAUCCUUAUGCAAAAUUUGAGAAUUAG